UUAUAAACGCUAUAUUCACUUCUAACAUUUAUAAUAUGCAAUACUCGAGAGGUACAAUCUUGAAAUGAUAUAUUGACAUUCGCGGUUCAGAUAUACACUGUGCGGUUGAUAAUACCUAUGAAUAUAUUUAUCGCAAAGCUUACCGAAUAAGCUUAUUAAAAACUAUCCUAGAAAAUACCCAUAAUGUCAAGAUUAUUAUUGCGAAUUUGCAAUCGUUUAUUCGUUCCAAUCUAUUUCACAUUUUUUUAUAAAAUGAUUCUAAAAAAAUAACAACAGCAUGACAUCUCGAGAUAUCUGCACACUGAAAUAAAUAUAAUGGUAAAAUCACUCCUGUAACAAUUGUUAUUACCAUUAUUAAGCACUGUACACAACGUCGAAAAACUUUCUAAACAAGAAUAUAAAAUAUACAAUUUUUAUCUUAUCGUACGCGAUUGAACCUCAAGUCGCAUGCGUAAGCAUUCCCACGAGCUUCGCAGAUUAGCCUACUGCACUGUCUUACAUCUGUAGACAUAAAUAGACGCUCAGUUGAUCGCAAAACGUCGCAUCAAUAUAACUGCGCUUCCGUUUCUUCUCCGCGUCACGUGUACGAGUGACUUUUCGAAAAAAAUAAACCGAGUCAAAUCAGUCGAAUGAUGAAAGGGCUUGACAUUAAAAAAUGAGCACAAUCGAUCUGUGGGUGCGUGACCUCGUCACGAAGUACGGACUUAUCGUGAUCGUAUUCGUCGUCUUGUCAAGCUUGAUCUCGUGGAAGUGGUCGAGAUUCCGGCAAAGCAAUUACAAAGCUUUUCUCAUCGGAUUCGAAACCGAGUGCGCCGAACUGGCCUCGAGUUACAAGAAAAAACUUUUCGCACCCCUGGAACAUAUGGUUUCGCACGACGAGGUUCUGCGCUCGUUGAACAGUAUUAGAAUACUGGAAAUCGGAGUUAAAACUGGCGACAACAUACAAUACUACCCCGAGGGCGCGCAUUUCAUCGCAGUCGAUUGUAAUCGAAAAUUAGGAGACUACCUGGUCAACGGAGACAGAGCCUGGCAGUACGAACAUGUUAUUUUCGAAAGACUCAUCAUCGCCGAUGGGAGUUCGUUGAAAGGAAUACCCACCGGCUGUGUGGAUGUGGUCGUAACGACGCGAAGUCUGUGCUCGACGAAAUCGACGCUCAAUACGCUCAAAGAAAUUCGCAGGAUACUCGCACCAGGCGGAAGAUAUUUAUUCUUCGAGCACUUGCCCGAUGAGCAAGGAUCCUUCAUCAGCCGGGUGCAGAUGAUACUGACAAGGACAAGGAUAUGGCCGGCACUUUACGGCGGCUGUCGACUGGAUUCGAAUCCAACCAAAGACAUUGAGAACAUCGGCUUCGAAGAAGUCAAAUUGGAGCACGUCGUGCUGCAAGGUUACGUAUCCCAGCCGCAUCAUCUUCUACUGUCCAGGCAUCACAUCGUCGGUAGUGCAACUCGUUGAAAUCCAUACUAAUCAUGAAUUCUUGUGUUUGGCUUUGCUUGUAGAAUAUAGCGAUCGUUUUAGAGCGCGCAUUGAUGUGUUGAUGGUGUUUAUAACUUUGUGGACGAUUUUCUGAAAUUAAAGGAAUUAGAUCUAUAAAAUAAAUAUUACAGUCAUGUACGCUUAUAAUAAAUUAUCAAAAUUUAUUUUAUUAUAUACACUGGGGCAUGAAAUUUAUAUCGACUAAGAGAUUCGAAUCGUACACAGCAGUUGAGUAAUAACUAAAUAAUGCCAUGAGCGUUGUUUUUAAAGAUUCAAAAAUACUUUUACAUUUUUCUGUCAAAAUUCAAACUUGUUCUGUAACUUGUUAUAGAAAAACAGAGACAUUACUGAUUUUUUACACCAAAAUUAAGUUGUCACACACAAUUUCUCGUUGCCUAUAUUACAAACAUUUAAGGUAUUGCAAGACCUUUUCUGAAAUUACUGGCAAAUUAAUCUUUGUACCAAUUAUUUUUACAUAAGUACGGGUAAGAACAUUUUUAAUAUACAUACUCGUCUAGAUACACUAAAGUGAAAUACUUUAUACACAAUAUUGUCUGAUUUUAUUCAAAUAAACUUAGUCGUAA